CGUCGUGUGAUGGGCCCGCUAUGUCAAGUCGUGGGACUCCGCAUUCGGCCCUGUUCUUCCACUGUUCUUUGCGCUUCUGGCCAAAGCUCCAUGCAUCGCGCCCGUGAAAUCUUGCUCCUCUCAGCAACCGUGACCAGCCUCCCCGCCAAUCGCGAGCCGCAACGCCUUAUCAACCCCACGACGCCCGCAGCCAUCCCUGACGUACUAGAAUUGCAUAUCGAUUCUCAACACCAAAAAUUCUGCGUCUGAGACCCUCUCCAUGCACGAGCUGCUGCUGUACGGCCAGGUCCCCGCGCCCCGCCAUGAGCAGGUGCUGAAGAUCCUUGCGGGCGUUGCGGCCAUGCAGCCCCGUCGCGUCCUCGAGCGACACAUCAUCUACAAGCCCCAGCGCGCGCCCGAGGAGCCGGGCUCGCAUCUCCGCCGCGGCGGCUCCCAGAAUGUCACCAACAGACAGACCAAGCAGCAGGGCGCCAAAGACCUGUUCUACAACCAGCUCGUCCAGAAGCUGUCGGAGGAGGACUUCGGCCAAGGGGAUGGCUACCAUCAGCCAAGCGGGAAGCCAUUGUCAGCCGACACCGAGCCCGGUGCGGAGCCCAAGUGGUCGCUCGAAUUCCAAGACAUACCGGAUACCGGCGACAGAGGUGUCUCAAUACGAUUGACCACCUCCACGGAUCUCGUCUCCGGCGACCCUCACACGUGGAUGGUCGCCGCUGGCCCCCAUCAGUUCGUAUCUGAGUAUUAUGUGGAGGGACAUCGGUUCGUCCACGGUAACGUCAUCAUCUUCCUGCACCGCGUACUCCACGAGCCCGGCGUUCGGUCUUUGGAGACAGCACCGAAAACGGACCUUCCCAACUUCGCAGCCCUCCAGCCCCUUGAUCCUAGCAGCGCAUAUAUUCUCGAGGCCAAGGUACGGGUGCAGGACUUCAACAACACGGCCGUGCUGGAGGCUGGCGUGGAUGAGCUGAAGGCCUUCCAGAAGCGGAUGAAGGGCUGCGUAGAUCUGGAGCUACCCGACAGGCUGUCGCUCGACACACGUGUGAAAUGGGUUCCGCCGCCCCCGCCUCCUACUAUGAGAAGAGCUCAGCCGGGGCAUCGCUGAGGGGCAGGCCGUUGAAGGGCCACAGAACCGUCAUUGAUGCAAGUGGUCCAGCCACAGUGGAUGAGUAGCGCGCUCCGUGCCGUCAUACCUGAAAGAGGAACCCUGGCCCAUUGAAAAAGGCGCCAGCCAUUCUCUCGUCUAUUGCAACGGCCUCCGAAUAAGACGACAGGAGGCAAUGAGUAUUAGCAUGAUACCCCGGAUCGAGUAGUUGCUUGGGACGAGGCAAGACCGCGCAAUUCCCGAUUUCGCGAAGCUUCCGUUGCGGACCUCACUUUCGAGCGCGUAAUGGAGAAGACUGAUGAAGCCUGCCAUAAGACAAGUCUCCGUCCGGGAGGCUAGUAAUGUCAAUUCAUUAGCUUUUGAUACCCCAUUGGUGUAAUUGAAGGUUUAUCGUCCUUUUUCUUAUUUGCAUAUAGUGCAUGGACGCGAUGAGCGUUUCAGAGUGCAACGAGAAGUCAAUGAAC